AUAGCCUUUCUAUUCUAUCUACGCGUUUUCGAUUUUUUAUACACUACUCAGAUCAACAUACACACACACACACACCAAAUUUCCCAAAAAAUGUCGACUCUCUGUGUACCAUCACACGUUCCGUCUGUAGCCGAAGACUGCGAGCAGCUCCACAAAGCUUUUUCAGGAUGGGGAACCAAUGAGGGGCUGAUCAUAUCGAUUUUAGGCCACAGAAACGCCGCCCAGCGAAAGCUAAUCAGGCAAGUUUACGCAGAGACUUACGGUGAAGAUCUGCUCAAAGCAUUGGAUAAGGAACUUACUAGCGAUUUCGAGAGGGUUGUCAAGGUAUGGACACUGGACGAUGCGUACUUGGCUAACGAAGCUACAAAGAAAUGGACUUCGAGCAAUCAAGUUCUCGUGGAGAUCGCCUGCGCUAGGUCUCCCAAAGAGCUCCUUCUUGCAAGGGAAGCUUAUCACGCUCUUUUCAAGAAAUCCCUCGAGGAGGAUGUUGCUCAUCACACUUCUGGCGACUUCCGCAAGCUUUUGGUUCCUCUAGUGAGUUCAUACAGGUAUGGAGGAGAUGAUGUGAACUUGAUUCUGGCGAAAUCGGAAGCCAAGAUUCUGCACGAGAAAAUCUCGGCGAAAGAAUACAGCUGCGACGACAUUGUUCGGAUUUUGUCCACCAGGAGCAAAGCGCAGAUCAACGCUACCCUCAACCAAUACAAGAAUGAAUUCGGAAAUGAUAUUAACAAGGAUUUGAAAGCUGACGCGAAAGACGAGUACCUUUCGAUACUGAGAGCAACGGUCAAGUGCUUGGUCAACCCCGAGAAAUACUUUGAGAAAGUCCUUCGUCUUGCGAUUAACAGGCAAGGAACCGAUGAAGGAGCACUGACGAGAGUUGUGGCAACUAGGGCUGAGGUGGACAUGAAGAUUAUUAAAGAAGAGUAUCAGAAAAGGAGCAGUGUGCCAUUGGACAAGGCUAUUGCCAAAGAUACCACCGGAGAUUAUGAGAAUAUGCUCUUGGCCCUCCUUGGCCACGAGGAGGAGGCUUGAUUGAGCUUUCUACGUUUCGAGUUCGAGUAUUUGGUGUUCUGCAUGCGGUUUUUAAUUGAAAUUUUCAGACUCUAUAUGAAGCUUUUUGUUUUUUUGAAGUGUGGCCUUGUAAACUUUUAAGUAUAUCCCUCUUUUGGAAGAGUGGUUGAAUAAUCUCGAGUUACCAUGAAUAAAAUUAUCUAAUUACUUA